UUUUAGCGAAGGACCGCGCGCUUCCUCCUCCCCAGCUGAUUUAUCCCGACAAAGACCAUGAGCAAGGACUCCCAGAUGAGGGCUGCGAUUAACCAGAAGCUGAUAGAAAUGGGGGAACGGGAGCGGUUGAAAGAGCUACUCAGGGCAAAGUUGGUGGAGUGUGGAUGGAAGGAUCAACUGAAAGCUCAUUGCAAAGACGUGAUCCGAGAAAAGGGCCUGGAGCAUGUCACCGUGGAGGACCUGGUCACGGAAAUCACACCCAAAGGACGAGCGCUGGUUCCCGACAGCGUGAAGAAAGAGCUCCUGCAGAGAAUCCGAGCGUUCCUGGCUCAACAUGCCGCCUUGUGAACAUCGCCACCGCUGUCCAGACUUUUUUUUUUUUUCGUUUUUACGCCCCUCACCCGCCCCUAUAGAUAGAUCCGUAAGUAAAACCUCGACUGAUGUUCACUCUCACCGCGACACAAGUGUUUUUAAUAUUUGUACGGCUUGAUUCUGGUGUGUCAAUGCAGCAGUUUUCUUUCUUUUGGACAAAAACAAAUAAAAGUCGGGCCUAUUUUGGUAA